GCCUCAGGCUCCGCCUCCCCCGGCGCCGCGGCGGGUGUGAGAGGUCAGGCCGGGCGGGCGAUGAUAAUGGCGGCGAUGGCAGAGCCGCAGCGGGGCGGCGUGAAGGCGAGAUCCAGCCGGAGACGCGCAGGAAAUAAACAAUCAAGUAUUUUGAAAAAUGAAGAUGUAGCACAAAGGAGGGCAGCACUUGAGGCUGCUAUUAGAAAGAAGUUUGAAUAUGAGAAAAAAGCUCUGCGUGUUGUUGAACAGCUAUUGGAGGAAGAUAUUACAGAAGAGUUCCUUGUGAAUUGCGGAAAUUUUAUUACCCCAUCUCACUAUAAGGAUGCUGUGGAGGAGCGUUUUAUCAUCAAACUCUGUGGCUAUCCCUUAUGUCGAAAUAGGCUAAAAAAUGUGCCAAAACAGAAGUACAGAGUUUCAACAAAAACAAACAAAGUUUAUGAUAUUACAGAAAGAAAGUGUUUUUGCAGCAAUUUUUGUUACAGAGCAUCUAAAUAUUUUGAAGCUCAGAUUCCCAAAAGUCCAGUGUGGAUGCGAGAAGAAGAAAGACCACCAGAUAUAGAACUGCUGAAGGAGGGGCAAAGUGGCCAGUCUGGGGAAGAAGUAAAACUACAUGAUGAAGUCAUUAAAGUCUCAGAUAUUGAAAAUCCUAAGACAUCAGCAAGCCAGUGUGACUCUGGUUCCCAUGGCACACACAGUGACAGCAGCAGUGAUACUGAACAAGAAUUUGUUUCCUCUAUUCUACCAGAAAAUCGAUCAAAUGCAACCAGUCUGGUGCAACCAUUGCACAAAAAAAGUGUACUAAAAAAGAAGCCUGGUCAAAAUAUAAACUCCAUGCAUAGAGAUGGAGACCAUAGAGUGAUAAAUGUCUCCGAACAAUUAAGUGAGUGCAAAUUAGAUCUCCAGGAAAAAAAGAGUUCUUGUUCUGUUACUGGCAUUUCUUCAGACACUAUUAUAUUGGAAAACUUAAAAAAUCCAGAAAACUAUGAAAAUAGGUCUAAUGGUUCACAAGUAGUUUUGCUAGGUGUGAGCAAAAAGGGGUCAGAACAACUCAAAAAAAUACUUGCUAAAUCAAAGCAGCAUAUCAAACCUGAAAUGAGUGCACCAGUUGAUUCCCAUACCUCUACACGUAAUGUGUUAGAUGUGCUUAAGCAGACUUUUAUUGAAUGGAGGACUGAAGACACUUACAAGUUUCUCUGUGGUUCCAGCUAUGCUACUGUACACUUACCAGAACACACAUCCGCUGUCAACUGUGAGAAAGAAGAACUUGAUGAGGAUGACUUAGAAACAGCAGAUGACCUUAAUGAUGCUGCUGCUGCUACAAGGGAAUCUAAAAACAGUUUGAACCAGUCUUUGCCUUUUGGGGGCACAGGUGCAACAGUUAAACCUUUGCCUAGCUAUGAACAACUAAAAGAAGAAACAGAACUAUUAGGACUAAGAGUAAAGGAAUUCUAUAAAGGAAAAUGCCUCUUGACUGAAGAAGCAACAACACAGGUGGAAGGAGCGGAGCAUCCUAGCAGUGUUAAAGACGACCGGCAGGGUGAUCCCAUCCUCCCGCUUGUAGAUUCCCAUGCCCAAAUGCAGAUUCGAAAGCAGAUUGUACUUGAAAAAUUGAGAAAAGUAUUGCCUGCAGUUUUGGGCCCACUUCAGAUUACGCUAGGUGAUGUUUACAUGGAACUGAAAAAUCUUGUGAAAACUUUCAGGUUAACAAAUACAAAUAUUAUUCACAAAAUUCCGGAAUGGACCCUAAUUGCUGUUGUGUUGUUAUCAGCGUUGUCACAGAUUAUUCCAGUCUUUGCAAAUUCUCAACAGAGUCCAGUAUAUACACAGUUCCUGUCCACAUUACUUGAAGAAUUGCAUUUCACUAAAGAAGAUCUUGAAAGUUUAACAAGAAUAUUUAGACAUGGCAGCAUGCCUGAAUGGUCAGUCAUCUCAAAACUAUGGUACCUGGCAUAAGAUUUUUCGAAUCAAGUGGAUUUCUUAAAAGCAAAUAUUUUGACUGUAGAUAGUAUCAGUAAAGUUAGAAGAUGGGUAAGGUGUUUUCAAAAUGGAAGAAUAUGUACAGUAUGGAAAAUUAGUGUCACCAUUCCGGCACUGAGUAAAUGCUAACAUAAUUGUGUCAUCCUGUCAAAAUAUAUAGUAAUUUUCAAUGGAAUUUUACUUAAAUUCUAUUAGCAAAUAUAAAACAAACUCUGGUUUAUGGGGACAGCAUUUGAAUCUUAUUUGGCUUGAUUUUUAUUCAAAUUGGAUGGUUAUAGCCAAUUACCUUAUUAAAAUUUAACUCUUCAAAAGCUUAGAUUUUGUUUGUUAGAAACCCCCAUUUUUGCUUAUUACUGAGGUUAAUUUUACUUUCUGAAUGGCAGUAGGAGGGGUAAUUUUUUAUUUUUAGAACUAGUAUUGGUCAUACUUAUUAGCUGAUACACUUCUACUUUUAAAGUUACUGAUCAAUUUUUUCUCUGUUGUUACCCACAGAAUGAUGAUGAGCUCAAACCCUCUUCUUUUUCACCUGAAGUCAGUAUUGAAGUAUUGCUAUAGUGAACAAUAUUUUUUUCUUUUUAGAGUUGAAAUUAAGCAUUUUACUUUGCAUCCUGUACUUUCAUGUCUGUUUCUUAUGAAGGUGUUCUGAAAUCUUUUUGGACAAGCUAAGUAGCACAGCUUUAGUUCCAGGUAUGGAUGAAGCUAAAAUAAGUUUUUUUUAUGCUCUGAAAAUUGUCUGAGGAAAAAGUAGUAAGGAUCUCCAUUUUUUGUUUCAUUGCUAAAUCUUAAGGCAAACUGUGCCCACAAGAUUAGGGGAAAGAAAGAAAGAAGACAGAGUAUGUACCAGUCUCAUGGAAGGCAGGGUACCAUUACUGGCAUCUUUUCUGCUGUUUUCCUGCAUUGAGCAGCAUUCUCCAGCAGAAUGCUGAGAAGAACAGCAAAAAUUUCUGGUCUACAGCCACCCCACCCACCCCCCAGUGGCUUGUAUAUCUAUUUUUGCUACUUAUGAAGAUUGGUUUGGGUUCAAAUUUCUGUAACAUUUGAGAAUUUAAAACCAAUUGUGUAGCUGUUCAUAGUUUGGCUUGCAAGAAAUUCAUGGUUUAUUUUUGAAUAAUUAAAAAGACCUCAUUUGAGCUUUAUUUCAAUAGUUAUUACAUUUAUUUUGUGAUUGAUGCACUGUUUAGCUUUCCAGACCAAGACCAUCAUGACCUGCUCACAGUGUUAAGCCGAUUAAUAAACAUGCUUUGAAACCAAA